AUGAUUCCCAGCGCCGGAGUUCCUAAGAAGCGGCAACGAACCACCGCCGCCCGCCGUUCCUCCUCUACUGUUGGCACUAUCUCAUCCGUCUCCGACGUAACCCUAACUGAAAUCUCGCAAAACCUCCACUGUCCUUCUCCCGUGGCGGAUGACCGUCCCUCGCCCAUGGCCGACGAUCGUACCUCUUUCUCAGCGGUUGAAGCUCUCCAUUUCAACGACGUAAUCACCGCGGACGUCGUCCUCCGCCUCUUCAUCGACUCUCCCUCGCCGCUCCAAUCCACCGCAACCGCCAGCGCCACCGCUGAAUCCGUUUCUAACUCCGACCUCCACGUCUACCUCCACUCCGACAUCCUCCGCCGCUCCAAAUACUUCUCCGCGCUCCUAUCCGACCGUUGGAUCGGCCACGUCCAAGUGAAGGAUCACGCGUCCCCCUCCGACGACGAUCUAUUCCACCUCAAACUCGGCGUUUCGCCAGCCGCCGGCUCGAUCCAAUCGCAUCUCACCGUCCUGGAGCUUCUCUACACGAAUGACUUCGCCGCCGCGGUGGGCAGUGCGUCAACGGCACUGGAUCUGCUGCCGGUGGCGCUGGAACUUCUCUUCGAGGAGUGCGUGCGUUGGUGCGUGGUUUUCCUGGAGGCCGUGCCUUGGACGGAAGAAGAAGAGAAGCGAGUGGUGAGAUUAAUUCCGUUCCUGAGUGAGGAAGAAUCGAAGGAGCUCGUGGCUAGGGUUUCCCCGUCAAGAGAGGACUCGUGCGAAGCGAUGCUGGAGGGACUGAUUUCGUCGGCGAUGAACAGUUACGGCAACACGGCGUUCGUGAAGGCGUUCGUAGGGAAGAUACUAAGGGAUUUAUCUUCGAGGGAGACAGCGAAGAGAGUGUUGGAGAAGGCGUUUGCGAGAAGCUUGAACACGGUGAAGGAGUCUUUGGAGGAUUAUUCGAGUCCGGUCUUCAGAGGGGAUCACAAGGAGACGGAGGCCAUUCAGAAGCUUAAUCUGCAUAAGGCUUCGACGAAUGGUAAGCAUCUUCUGUGGCUUGUAGAGCGGAUGAUUGAGCUUAGGGUUGCGGAUGUGGCUGUGAGGGAAUGGAGUGAGCAAGCUGGUUUCACCGGCGAUUUGCAGAGGGCGUUUCGUGAUGAUGCUUGGAGGAACAGUGUGCCUGGCCUUCCUGCUGUUAUUCUGAGAUGUACCUGUCGGCUCGCCAAUGCUGUCUCUGCUGGCACUAUUCUCGCAUCUAGACAGGUGAGAAAAAAGCUGGUAAAAGAUUGGCUACCCGUUUUGGUUGUAUGCAAAGAUAAUGUUUCGCCAAUAUCACCGAGCAAUAAAUCGCUGUAUCUGGAACUGGAAGAAACAUUCUUGCGUAUCAUCUCCACAUUGCCCAUGUCAGAUGCUCAAGAAUUGCUGCAACAGUGCCUCAGCUUUUCAACCCGAAAUGUUGAAGACUGUCCUCAUUUGGUCACUGCAUUCAACACCUGGUUCCGCCGUGCAGCCCGAGCCCCCAAACCAGAUUCUCUCUUUGAUCAAUGA